AUUCGCCCUGCAGCCCCGUCCGCAGUGCGCACUCUCCUGCCCGCCCGACGCUCCCCACAGCCACCACCACCCUUCAGAAUGGCCAACAGGGGACCCGCCUACGGUCUGAGCCGCGAGGUGCAGCAGAAGAUUGAGAAACAGUACGAUGCAGACCUGGAGCAGAUCCUGAUCCAGUGGAUCACCACCCAGUGCCGCAAGGAUGUGGGCCGGCCCCAGCCCGGGCGGGAGAACUUCCAGAACUGGCUCAAGGAUGGCACGGUGAGAGCUGGGCCCCUCGGACCGGAAGUGCUGGGAGAGCAGGGCCGGGUCUGGGGACUGGGGUUGUUUCACCUGAAGAAGGAGGGCUUACCCGACCCGACUUCUUCAAGCCCGGCCUGGGCAGAGCCUGAUCCCAACUGGUUUCCUGAGAAGUCCAAGGAGAACCCCCGGAACUUCUCAGACAACCAGCUGCAAGAGGGCAAGAACGUGAUUGGGGGGAGGGCCUGGCCUGGCGCAUCUCCUCUGGGGGUGCCCCAUGGCGGCAUCUUCCAGAUGGACCUCUGGGAAGGAAAGAACAUGGCCUGCGUGCAGCGGACGCUGAUGAACCUGGGUGGGCUGGCAGUAGCCCGGGAUGAUGGCCUUUUCUCUGGGGACCCCAACUGGUUUCCUAAGAAGUCCAAGGAGAACCCCCGGAACUUCUCAGACAACCAGCUGCAAGAGGGCAAGAACGUGAUUGGGUUACAGAUGGGCACCAACCGCGGGGCGUCUCAGGCGGGCAUGACCGGCUAUGGGAUGCCACGCCAGAUCCUCUGAUCCGCUCCCCGCCCCGCUCCUGCCCUUCCUUGGAUGGUUAAUAUAUAUAAAUAUAUAUUUUAGCAGUGACAUUCCCAAGAGCCCCUGGAGCCCUCAGGCUCCUCUCUGCCAGGGGGAGGGCCUGGCCUGGCGCAUCUCCUCUGGGGGUGCCCCAUGGCGGCCUCUCCCCCUGUGCUUACUAAUACAUUCCCUUCUCCAAACACACAGAAACUGGACCAACUGGCCUCCUCUUUUCCCCCGGGACCAAAAUUUAGGGCGUCUUCCUCCUCCUUCAUACCUCUCCUCCCCUGACCUCUCAAUCCAUUCCAGGCCUGGGGUCAGCGACGCAGCCUUUGGGCCUCCCUUCCACAAAUACGCCUCCCCACAGCUGUGGCUGCAGAGACUUAAUUUAUAGGGAGGGGUCGGUGGCAGCUGCCACCCUGCCGCAGCUGGACUGGGCUCACCACACACUGGAGGCAGCCUGCCCUGGCAGAGGCCCUCUUGGCUUCUCAUUUUCCAUUCCCCUCGCGUUGGCUCGGGUGGGGUGAGGGGAGAGGGGAGGGAGGGCUGCCCCCUCUGGGCUGGGGCUUGAAGAAUCUGAGUGCUGAUUUUGAAUAAAGAAUCUCCCUUUUUUUGGAUGGA